GAAGGGGGGUAAAAGCCCGCACAUUCUCCCCUUCUUGCUCUGUUUCUCUCUCUCCUCAAGGCAGAGGGAAGGAGGAGGAGCAGCCAAUCCCUUCAGCCCCAGUUGUCCAUAUCCUUCUCCUGCUUCCCUGGUAAAAAUGAUGGCUUCCGACCUGGAACAGAGGCGGCGGAGGAAGAUGGUGAUCGCCAGCUCCUCCGCCACCCUCCUUCUCCUCUUGGUGGUCGGUACGGUGGCCACCACCAUGUACCAGGCUGACGACAAACCCGCUGCAAACACCGGGACAAUACGAUCCACCACCAAGUCGGUGAAGAUGCUGUGCGCGACCACCGACUACAAGGAGACCUGCGAGACGAGCCUUACCAAGAUCGUGAACGGCAGCACAUCCAACCCCAAGGAUGUCCUCAAGGCCUCCGUCGUGGCAGUGAUCGACGAGAUCAGCAAGUCCUUCUCCCAAUCCAGAGUCUUCAAAACUAACAACAGCCGGGUCCAGGAUGCGAUAGACGAUUGCUGGGAGAUGUACCAGGACUCCAAGGAGGAUCUCAAGAAGACGCUGAGCAAAAUCAUCGACACCGGCCUCGAGGACCUCCCGGAGCAGGCCCUCAGCCUGAAGAACUGGCUGAGCGCCGUCUUCUUCUACCAGGAGACAUGCGUCGAUGGUUUCCCAGAGGGGGAGCUCAAGAACAAGAUGAGGAGUGCGAUGAAGACUUCCAAGGAGCUGACGAGCAAUGCGCUCGCCAUGAUCGGGCAGGUGUCCGACUUCCUGACGAUGCUCAACAUCCCGGGAUCCAGUCGCCGCCUCCUGUCGGUGGAUGAGAAGCCUGUCAUGAAGCGAGGCUACCCCUCGUGGGUUUCUGAAGGGGAUCGCAGGUUGCUCAGGGAGUACCUCAACGUCAAGCUCCGGCCCAAUGUAACGGUGGCAAAGGAUGGAAGCGGGGAUUUCCGCACCAUCAAUGAAGCGAUCGAUAAAGUACCACUCAAAUAUGAUGGAAGGUAUGUGAUCUACGUCAAGGAGGGGAUCUACAACGAGGCAGUGAAUUUGACAAGCAGGUAUGUCGGCAUCACGAUGUACGGUGAUGGACCCAAGAAGACCAUCGUAACCGGAAACAAGAACUUCGUAGACGGCACAAAGACUUCGCACACCGCCACAUUUGUUGCUUCUGGAGAGGGGUUCAUGGCCGUCGACAUGGGGUUCCGCAACACGGCCGGCCCGGAAAAGCACCAGGCGGUGGCCCUCCGGGUGCAAUCCGACCGGUCCAUCUUCAUCAACUGCCGGAUGGAGGGGUACCAGGACACCCUCUACGCGCAGUCCCACCUCCAGUUCUACCGUCGCUGCGUCAUCACCGGCACCAUCGACUUCGUCUUCGGCGACGCCUCCGCCGUCUUCCAGAACUGCCUCUUCCUCCUCCGCCGCCCCCUCGAUAAGCAGAAGAACAUCGUGACCGCCCACGGCCGCGGCUACAGCCACGAGAACACCGGCUUCGUCAUCCAGCACUGCAAUAUCAGGGCUGACAGGAGCCUCCACGAGGUCGAGGACAAGGUCGAGAACUACCUCGGCCGCCCCUGGAAGGAGUACUCCAGGACCAUCUUCAUCGAGAACCAGAUCAGUAGCUUCAUCCACCCGGCAGGCUACUUGCCCUGGGACCAGGAGUUCGGCCUCAAGACCCUCUACUACGCUGAGUACAACAACAAGGGCGAGGGCUCCAACGUCACCGACCGCAUCAAGUGGCCGGGAUUCCAUGUCAUCGACCGGAGGAUGGCCGAGAAUUUCACGGUCGCCAACUUCCUCGAGGGCGAGAGAUGGAUUCCCGACAGAGGAGUUCCUUCUGUUAUGGGUCUAUAUUAUCGCUGAUCGAUCUCUCACUGGAAAAUGUGAGCUGCUUGUCUUCAGAUGUAGCAUGAGCAAGUGAAGGUGGCAUACGUAUAUAUGGUGGGGUUGGCGCGAUGGAGGAGAAACAACUCGACUUCUCGUCUUUAUUGAGAUGGUUCUGUCUUGCUUCAAACAGUGAGAUUUGUUAUCUUCAAACAGUGAGAUUCACGUUCGCGAGCUUGUUAGAUGGGUGCAGGCACUACAAGGAGCAUUAGCGGCACAUUUUAAGGUUUUUAUUGACGCUUAUAAGCAUGGAUUAAAAACUUUCUGGCGCUUUCAAGCA